UGGUAAUAUCCGUCAUAAAAUUGGCAAGAGAAAAUAUGGUUAUUAACGAUGAAGUUUUAGGUUCAGCAAGCGAAGGAUUUCUUGUUGAUAGUAAAAGUGAUGUGCCGGAUGAUAAGUCCGGGAACGGGGACACACACAGUUUUCAUCCGAUUAUUACCAGUCAUGGAUUUCUGAAGUGUCCCAGCGUGAAAUAUCGGGUCAUUUUCGGACUUAUAUUCUGCGUUCUACACUUACUCAACUUUGGCGAUGCAGCUGUGUCACUAGAUGAACGGAAUGUGUUUUCCCAUACGACGCAGAGCAGAAAACUAUUAUCGUCCGAGAAGGCGAAAAACUUUGCUCCCCCGUCACGCGUGAGUGACUAUUGGACAUUUGUUAGCCACGUGACUCCAUCUUUUGACAACAAUUAUCCCAAAAACGUGACCACGCAGCUUGGACAAACUGUAUAUCUGCAUUGUGUUGUCAACAAUCUCGGAGAUAAAACCGUUUCUUGGAUCAGGCGGAGAGAUUUUCACGUACUUACCGUUGGAUUAGAUACUUAUACCACGGAUGAUCGAUUUGAGGCUGUUCAUAUGGAAAGAAAUAAUGAUUGGACUUUGAAAGUUAAAUUUGCUCAGCUAAAGGAUGCAGGACUAUAUGAGUGCCAAGUCAGCUCUGACCCAAAGAUUAGCUUAUUUGUAAAUCUCAGUGUUGUAGUUGCCAAGGCCGAUAUUCUGGGACCGCAUCCUCUUUUUGUAAAAACUGGCAGUUCGAUCAACUUAACAUGCAUCAUUACUCAGAGCCCGGAGCCUCCAGUCUUCGUCUUUUGGUACCACGAUGACAGAAUGAUCAACUAUGACUCGUCUCGUGGUGAAAUCACUAUUCAAAAAAGUACUGGGGAUUCAGCCAUUAGUAGACUUUAUAUCAAAGAUGCAACAGCUGAUGAUUCCGGAAACUACACGUGUUGUCCAUCUAAUACGGAGGCCACGAGUAUUUCCGUAUACGUCUUAAACGGUACUUAUGGAGAACGGCCCGCAGCAAUUCAGCACGAUGCUAAUAUUUCCACAUCAUCAUCCUCCAGCCCGAGUUUCUCCUUCUUGUUCUUCCUCCUGUUAACAGUCAUCGUCCCAAGGUGACAGCGCCAUCUAUUGCCAGACACCUACAAUAACGAGCUUUCGGCUCUUUAUAAAAAAUAUUAAAUAUCUUCAGAAACUCCCCAAAAGAAGUGAGCAUUUCGGUACAGAGUUUUUCUUCCCAUCUUUUACACGGUGAUUGGAAUUAUUGUUACUGUCAUCUGUGUGGUCAACUAGAACUUAAGUCUAAGAUAGAGGAUGCUCCAACUAUGUCGUGAUGUGGUGAUGAACAAUAUUUCUAAAUCCAAGAUAAAAUGACAUUUCUUACGGCUGGAAGGCAAAUUUUACCACCGUGUGUACCAAUGAUGUUUAAAUCUGAAAAUUUCAUUUUCAUAGAACAUUUGAGAUGUGUGCGUACUAAAUCUUCGAAAUAAGUUUGUGUGGAACUUCUUACAGAUGACAUUGUUUCUGUAAGCCUUUUCUCCUUCAGAUUUUGUGAAAGACAAAGACACUCUGUGAAAAACUCACAAAUCAUUUUAGUAUUAUAAUGGAAAAUUAUCUUUGAAGAUUCACUAUAUUCAAGGAGAUAAAUAGCCAUUUUUAUCCGUGAGAAUGAGGUGAAUGAUUUGUAUUUUCAGUUAUAUUAUAUCUCAAUACAAUCCUUUAUCAUUACAAGAGAUGCGGUUCUUUGGUGAAGUGAUCCUACGAUUGUGUAGAAUCUACUGUCUAACGGAUGGCGUUCGUGGGAACUGUUUUUCUUGAAUUAAACCAAUCUAAAAUAUGUUUGGCAAUCAAUCAUGAUUCAUCAGUUUUUGUAUUUAUAUUCGAUACUUCUAAGGUAUCCUACCUGUACAUGCGAAACAUACUUUUUGUAAGGAAAUUAUUAAAUGCCAACAAUCUAUGGGUAUAUUAUGAAAACUUUCAUCUAUUUCUUUAUGUUUUUAACUGAUAUGAUUUUCGACCCCUUCUAAAACAUACUUCAGAAUCACGAUAAAAUUACAACAAUGUGUCGUACAACAUAAACUGCAAAAUGCCACGUAAAAUUUUGAUAUUAAUUUUUCAAUAUUCGAAAAAAACUACAAAAAUAUCAUGCUGCAUUUUUUUCUGAAAGGACGUUAAUCUGGUCAAUCUAACAUGAUUCAGGAAAUAUUGGUUACAAUUUUAGGGAAAGAUAA